GGGAUUAGUGGCAACAUGGCUUACAUACCACUACUCGUCUUUAUCUAUGUACCACUCUUCUGGCCAUCAGCUGAUGUAAACAAACGUGUUGGAAAUUGUAAAUUUAAGCGUGAGGUGCUGCGUUCCCAACUUUCCCCAGUUGGGUCUAAGGAUUUUAAUUGAGGCCUCAUCUCAUCACUCCACUCCAAUUUCAACAGACUCUAGAUCGAUCAUUCAUCGUUGCUAUGUUCAUAAAUUCGCAAUGGACACGACUGAAAAGUUGCUGAAGCUUGCCAGUGCUCCACUGAAAAUACGCCGGGAGCAUUUAAAUGGACACGUACUGCACACUUUUGAAAGUCUCCAUCAAAAAUGCUUUAAUUGGAAUAAAAACCUGGAUAACCUCCAGUCCGGAGACUGGCUCUUUGAAAUCGACAGUAUCUUGGAUUAUUUACACGAAGAGCUAAAUACUGGCCAUUGGAGCACUAUCCCAAUAGAAAUUCGGCAAAACUUCACCAUAGGAACCUUCCUGAAGGCGCUGCUGCUUCUACAGCUCCCAACCAAUGAGAAUAGAAGCGAUUUGCUGAAGAAAUGCCUGAAGUCAGUGGAUAUGGGCCUGCUUUUAGGGGCGCCGCUGGAAGAAACCCCAGAGCUGCUGAUGGAAGCUGCGAAAUGUCUGCGCGUUCAACUCAACCAGCUUGAAGCCGAACAUGAAGGGGAUUCUGCCGAGCUGAUUGGCAAACCGGCGAAAAGAGGCAGCGACUGUGAUAAACUGGUGGAGCAUUUUGCAAAGCUAAACGCCAUAAAAGUUGAGGAGCUGGAAGUGCCUUCAGUAGAAACGUUUAAUCGCAACUUCUUUGUUCCACAACGGCCAGUAAAGAUCAAAGGCUGUAUGAGCCACUGGCCAGCAACCAGCAAGUGGAUGGACGUGAACUACUUGCUAAAAGUCGCAGGAAAUCGCACGGUUCCCGUUGAAAUCGGCUCGCACUAUACUGACGAAAACUGGUCGCAAAAGCUGAUGACAGUCCGCGAGUUCAUCACUACCCAUUAUUUGUGUGAAACUGACCACACUGGAUAUCUAGCGCAGCACAAUCUCUUUGACCAAAUUGGGGAACUGAAAGAGGACAUCCGAAUCCCGGAAUAUUGCUGUUGCAGCUUGAAUUAUGAAGAAUCCACUGAUCCAGACAUAAACGCCUGGCUUGGGCCUAAAGGCACUGUCUCCCCUUUGCACCAGGACCCAAAAAACAACAUUCUGGCCCAGGUUUACGGCACUAAACGACUGUUGCUGUUUUCUACCAAAGACUCCAGCAAUCUCUACCCUCACAGUGAAGCGAUGCUUUCGAAUACUGCUCAAAUCGACCCACUCAAUCCAGACCCCAACAAAUUUCCAGACUUCAAGAGGGCCACCAUGUACAAAUGCCUCCUGGAGCCUGGAGAAAUGUUGUUUAUUCCGCUCAAAUGGUGGCACCAUGUUACUGCCUUGGAGAAGAGUUUUUCUGUUAGUUUUUGGUGGCAAUAAUAAAACAGUUUAUUCAGAAAA